GGCGGUCGCAUGCAGCUCCUAUGAGGCCCCUGCCGCCGGUCGGCGAUGUCCGCCUGGAGUUGUCGCCUCCGCCGCCGGUGCCGUUACCGGCUGUGAGCGGGUCUGUGGUCGGCUCGUCCGGGCGUCUCAUGGCCGCUAGCAAAUCUCUGGUGCCCGACCGGCUGCGCCUGCCGCUCUGCUUCCUUGGUGUCUUUGUCUGCUAUUUCUACUAUGGGAUCCUGCAGGAAAAGAUAACAAGAGGAAAAUAUGGGGAGGGAGCCAAACAGGAGACGUUCACCUUUGCCUUAACCCUGGUCUUCAUCCAGUGUGUGAUCAAUGCUGUGUUUGCCAAGAUCUUGAUCCAGUUUUUUGACACUGCCAGGGUGGAUCGUACUCGGAGCUGGCUCUAUGCUGCCUGUUCUUUGUCCUAUUUGGGUGCUAUGGUCUCCAGCAACUCAGCACUACAGUUUGUCAACUACCCAACUCAGGUCCUUGGUAAAUCCUGCAAGCCAAUCCCAGUCAUGCUUCUUGGGGUGACCCUCUUGAAGAAGAAGUACCCAUUGGCCAAGUACCUGUGUGUGUUACUAAUUGUGGCUGGAGUGGCUCUUUUCAUGUACAAACCCAAGAAAGUAGUUGGGAUGGAAGAACACACAAUCGGCUAUGGAGAAUUACUCCUGCUAUUGUCUCUGACCCUGGAUGGACUGACAGGUGUUUCCCAGGACCACAUGCGGGCUCAUUACCAAACAGGCUCCAACCACAUGAUGUUGAACAUCAACCUUUGGUCGACAUUGCUGCUAGGAGCUGGAAUCCUGUUCACUGGGGAGCUCUGGGAGUUCUUGAGCUUUGCUGAAAGAUACCCAAUCAUCAUCUAUAAUAUCCUGCUUUUUGGCCUGACCAGUGCCUUGGGUCAGAGCUUCAUCUUCAUGACAGUUGUGUAUUUUGGUCCCCUGACCUGCUCAAUCAUCACGACAACUCGGAAGUUCUUCACUAUUUUGGCCUCUGUGAUCCUCUUUGCCAACCCCAUUAGCCCCAUGCAAUGGGUAGGCACUGUACUUGUGUUCCUGGGUCUUGGUCUUGAUGCCAAGUUUGGGAAGGGAACAAAGAAGACAACCCACUAGGAAGAGAGAGACUACCUCCACUCCAAGAAUACUUAAGUUAUUUCUCCAACAGUGACAUCUCCUGGGAAAAUGGACUUAGUAGUGAUAAGGAACUGGGUUCCAGAUUUUGUUGUUUUUUUUUUUUGUUUUGUUUUGUUUUGUUUUUAAUCAAAGGAAGCAAAAUCACAUACUCUAAAAAAAGCUCUUGGAUUUUCAUAAGAUGAGUGGGCAGUUUCUGUUCUUGAUCAACUGGGGCAUAGUCUAGUACAAUUAAAGAGAGAAGGAAGAGGCAGGGGUCUGCUUGCAUCCCACUCUGCCCCUGGCUGCUCUCUUAGGUGUGGGUGGCAUGGUUGGCCAAGUGAUUCCCCAAGAGUCUGAGCAUGAUAAGGUGGAACCUUGAGAGAUUGUAUGAUUGUAUGGCUGUGCCAGUAGUCUCUGUUCCUACGGGCGAAGCUCUAAAUAUGCUAUGACAGGUAGCUGUCUGUUACAACUACAGAUGUAGGCAUCACUUCUUAAGUUUGGGUGGGCAAGCAUGUCAUGAAAAACCGAAGGUAUGUUCUCUCCUUAUGAAGUACCUCAAGGUUAGGGUUAAAUGAACCCAGAUUCCCAGAAUUUGCUAGUUUUUCUCUUUUCCCCACUGCCUCUCUCAGCCAAAGCAUGACAGAGAGACCCCAUGCAUGUAUCAAACAGCUUUGGAAAGUCUGUGAAUGUACUUUUCCUAUUCCCUCCCUCCAUCUCUCCGUCUGUUCUCAGUCCACCUGGUCCCCUCCAGGGAGGCUGGAUUAAUCCCUCCUAUUCCCCUGCCCCCCUUCAGCUGCGAAAGCAUUGCAGUCCUCUGCCAUCCUGGCUGUGCCAAGGUGACACCAUGCCAGCUUCUGCCUGUUGAAAGGGAUGCUGGCGGAAGGCAUGGUGGCUGAGUCCUGGCACAGAGCCGCUGUAGAGUUUUCUGGGUGGUAAUGGGGGGAGAAGGCGGAGCAUGGAGCAGAGCCACCUGCCCACUUCUGCCUUCAGAGUUGGAAAUCAUAAUCCUCCAAGGACCAAACUUUACACAUGAAAGUGCAUUUCCACCAGCUGCAACUUUCCCUCCAUCUGUUCAACAGCCCCAGCCCCUUGGCUCUCCAGAUGGGAGCGCGCGGCCUCCUUCCUGAACACUGCCUUGGCACCCCCCCUCCCCCUGACUUUCAAGCCCUGCCUCACUUGCACUCAUCUUGCUCCCUAGGGGCCAGGGUGUCACUGCAGCCCUGCCUCCACAGUGGCUCCUUCCCCCAUUUUUAACUCCUCCUUGAGAAGUUUUAAGUACAUCUGGCUGAACUAACUUCCUUUCUCCACCCUUUCCCCUCUGUUUUUUCAUCCAGAAGGUUUCAUCAUUUGGCUUCUUGCCUGCUAGACUGAUAGUUCUUCCAGUGUCUUCUGCACAUUUGUUAGAUGGUUAGAUCGGGUUACAGGGUCAGGGCUAACAAGCAAGCAUUAUCCAAGCCUGCUGUUUAAAAAAGAGACAUCUUCCCAGCUAUCAGACUUGGCCCUUCCACCUCUUCCCUCUGCCAUUCCCAACUAGCUGUCUCAAAAAUGCCUAAUACUAAUCACCAAGAGCAAGACGGGGUGACAGCAGCUCAGCAUCCUGGAGAGAUGGCUCACAGGGUAAGCCUGUUCUACCAGUGGUGGCUGGUCCUGUUCUAAUGUGUUCACUCAAUCUCUUGUCCAUUCAUCCAACAUUUAUUUCCUUCUGGAUGCCACCCACUGUGAGCAUGCUGGGAGUUCAGUUAAGUAGAACUAGUAUUUACCCUCUAGGGGGCUCACAGUCUAAUUGGGAGAUAGGAAAACCGAAUCACUGCUUCUCAGAAAUGCAGGGAUAACAACGAAGGAAGGUGUCCAGGCAAGGUGAGGCUUGACUGGAAAGUGUAGGAAGAUGAAAGUAGCAGAUGGAGCUUGGCAGCAUUGCCAAGCAGGAAAAGGGUUUUCAACUGCCUGACUGCUCCCCCUUUUACCCCUCUCGUCAGUUCCAAUGAGAACACAUGGCAGGACAAUAGCUUUCAUUACUCAACGUGAAGAUAAUCUGAAAAUGUUUUGUAAGCUGCCAGCUUAUCCCGGGUGACAUACUUACCUGUAGCAUCACAGGGACAGAGAGUGCCAGAUUUGACUAAAAUAGGUACCACUGUUCGCUUGUAACAUUAGGGCUGAUAAAUGUGAAAUACCAGACAAGUUCAAACAGAAGUGUUGUUGAUCACUAACCCUGGGCGGCCUGAUGCCUCAGGUUUCUAAAGAUCAAAGGACUUUCAUCUGCAGUUAAUUCUCAGCUAUGUGCAGAAGGGAGGAAACCAGCAUGCAAAUUUCUCCAAGCCCUGUGUUUUCAGUUUGGGGCAAGUUGUACUUAUUUCUAUUUUGGUCAAAGCAUCAGGUCCACCUCCUUUGCUGUUCUUGCACAGGCUCAUGGUAUAGUGAUUUUUCAUUUCCUGUAUACCUCAGUCUACAGCAAGGGGAGGGACCCACAAAUGUAAUUUGGGGUACCAUCCUAGGAUAACCUAUUCUGGAAGUAAACAUUAAAAGAAAUAAAAAUCACAUUGUUUUAUAAAGGACUUCAAUUGGCAGGAAUUAACAUUAACUGGAUAAUCAAUGAAAUGGGUAUUUAGGAAUAAAUGAUGUGUUUUUCCACUGCUCUCUAAUACCCUUGUAAAGAGGACUGAGCAAAUUUCUGCAUUUUUUAGAGAUAGAAGAACCUAAAAGAAUAUAAGGUGACUAGCAGUAGGUUCCUGGGUAUGUCCGUGAGUUGUGUCCUCCAAGGAAGGAAAGUAAAGCUCUUCAGAAGCCCUAUAGCCUCCACUGUCUGGCUCCACUUGUCAGGGAACAGUUUGCACAUUUAUGAGUGGAGCUGGUCAUUUUCCCCAGAUGCCCUGGCAGAGAAAUUGUCCCAGGUCUCUGUGGGAUCAUUCAACCCUUCCCAUCAAAAACCUACCAGCUGUCUUUAGGAACAGUAAUCUCAUAUAUUUAUAGAGCUCCUGUUUUCCCAAAGCUCUUUAGUAAGCGACAUUUUAUCCUUAGAACACUCCUGGGGGAGAAGUUAGGCCAGAAGCAGGUCUCUCCAUAUUUGGAGUAGGAAUCCUGAAACCCACCCAAGUGCAUCACCUGAAGGUGGCAGGACUCCAUGGGAGGAUGGGAAUCAGAAGUGAGCCUCCUGUCUGACUUCCCACCACUGGGGGUCAGGGAGCUCUUUAACCCUCAUCUAAGCCAGUAGAUCCCAGCUGUUUGGGUUCUCUGGAAAUUCCCAGUUGAAAUUCCAAAUAAUUUGGUGGUCUGAUACAGGUAUGCUGGCGUUUUAUUUUUUCAAGGACAUUUUUAAAAUGUUAAUUACCAUUGUAGGUUAGAAAAGGACAUUUUAACUAAAAAAAAAAAAAUUAGGAAAGGCUUUCUGCCUUUCAAGGUAAUUAUAAUUGGAAACUAUAUUGCUAUUGUAAAUUGCAAGUUAAAUGCAGAAAAUAUUACUCUGAUAAUAUAUUGUAGGGUAUAUUGUUAUGAUUAUUUGCCUGAUACAACUUGGAGUUUGGCAGCUAUGUUCCAUGGCGCAAUGCAAAGGAACUACAAUAUCAGAUAAAUGUGGAGAACGAUAGAAGCAGACUGUGAUGAGAUUUUUCAUGACUUAGAACAUUCUGAGAACCCAAAAACAUCCCCUGGCAUUGGCUCCUGCUGCUUUCCCUCUGUGGGGCCAUGAGGAGAGUAGGCUGUAGAGGCUCCAAGGGCUUUCCAGGAAGGGUUGCAAGGAGACCUGGGCAGCCCUACCAGAUAUAUAUCCCCAGCAUGCUCACAGUGAUCAGACUGUGGCUUUGAUCACUCAGUCGAGGGUCCAGACUGUAUUCUAAAGGGUAGCCAUCUACUGGUGAAAGCCAGUUUCUGACAGGCAGUCCUCAGACUGGGAGCCAGUGGGCUGGGCCUGCCAUUGGCAUGAAGGAUGGGAAUGGGAACUGAGAAGGACUUGAAUUGAAGAGUGAUUCAUAUAGUACCUUCCGCUUAGCUGAGGCACGAGCCCACAAGGGCUGUUGGGUUUUCUGUCCCAAUACGCCUGACUCCCUGUAAUUUCUGGGAGCAGUAAAAAAAAAAGAAUUGGUUCAAGGCAUUUACCAAGGGGGAGGGACAGUGCUAUUUCUGGUUUUGUCACAGG